AAUUAUAGAGAUAUAUUUGAAAAACUAUCAUUAAAUUAGUCUUGAAAGUAUAAAUGGACAGAUAAAUAGGGACAAAUUUUUACUUCCAAAGUGGACAGAUAAAUAGGGACGGAGGGAGUAUUAUUAUAACUUCGUCGCAGAGACUCAUCAGCCUCCGUAAAUUUGUUCAACUCACCAUGGCUUUCAUCGCUGAUGCAGCUAUGGGAAGUGCCAUAAGUGAACUACUCAAAGUCGUCAUACACGUUGUCAAACAAACCUUACACUUCAAAACCGAUCUGAAAAACCUUCGGAAAACACUUGAAUCGGUUAAACUCGUUUCUGAUGAACUCGAGAAGCUUCACAAAGUCCUGGAUCGUCCUAAAGAAGAAACCGAGCGCUUCAUAGAACAGUUAACGCGUGGUCUAGAACUUGUGCACAAGUGUGGUGCAAUAAAUAAGUGGAAUUUCCCUAAGCAAUACACGCACUCACGGAAGCUGGUGGAUUUGGAUAAAUCCAUAGUUAAGUUUUUCAACAUAGACGUGCAGGGUUUGGUGGCUGUGAAUACUUUCAAGACUCUGAUUGGUGUUACGCAGAAUAAUGAUAAACUCGAUCGGUUACUUGGUUAUAUUGAGAACGAUACAGAUUCUGUGUUUGGGGCUGAUUUUGAAUUAAAUUCGAUACUCGACGCCAACGGCGAUGAGUUAUCAGGUUUGGGUACUGUUACUGUUACUGAUCUUGCAGGUGGGAUUGUCGAAUUGAAGGACGACACGUGGAUUGCGACGACUUUGACUGAGAUGCCCUGUCAUCAUCCUCAUAUUUAUCAAACGCGCGUUUUCGAGUGCAAAACAUGCAACAAGCAGUUCUCAACAUUUCAAGCACUAGGUGGCCACAGAACAGCUCACAUAAAACUAAUUCGACAUGUGAGACUUAAUAACUUGAAGGAUCACGUGGAGUCAUCGUCCGCUAAUCCCAGAGUUCAUGAUCAGGGCCCGUUUUCUGGUCCAGAGUUCGCUACAGGGGAAGCAUUGGGAGGUCAUAUGAGGAGGCAUAGAGGUGGAGGUGGCGACAACCCUACGGUGAAUGAAAAAAUGAAUCAUCAUAUUCCGGUUGUGAAGAAAUCAAGGAGCAGAAGAAUAAUAUGUUUGGAUGUUAAUGUGACACCUUUUGAACAUGAUUCCAUCGACUGGGGUUCAAGUAACUCCUCCGGGUGAUGGUUCUUUUCUUUUUCUUUCUUUUUUUUUUUUUUGUUUUUUUCUCAAUUGAUUUUUUUUAUAAUAUAUAGGGAGUUUUAAUGUAAGGUUCAAAUCAUUUCAAUUUUGGAUGAUGAAUGUGAUUGUACAUGCAACAAAUUUUGAUCAUGAUCAACCUUGUUCACACAAAAGGUUUAUGGAGUCA